AUGGCUUCGAGCAUUCUCCCAUCCAAAUUCGAUGGAGACGAUAUUGUCGCAUGGCUAAGAGAGUUUGAUGCGUGCGCUUUAGCCAAUGGUUGGAAAGACGAGGACAAAAUUAAGAAAUUGCCAGCGUUUCUACGAGGACGCGCAGCUACACAUUUCUACGCAACCCCUGUCGCUGAAAGAGCUACAUACGACGCCGCAACAAAAAAGCUAAAGCAAGCCCUGUGUCCGCCAGUUGAGAGGGAAAACUAUUACGCAAAAUUUGAAACCCGAAUGCUUCGCACUGGUGAAGAUCCGUCGGUUUACAAGUGGGAGUUGGAACAACUGCUAGAAAAAGCCGAUCCCGACCUCGCUGUAGAAGCCAAAUCUGCUCUUUUGUCCCGCCAAUUCAUGCGUGGUCUGCCGAGCUCUAUACGAGGAAAACUUUUGGCUCACAACCCCACACCAACCUUAAGCGAGAUGCUAAGUUUUGUCCAACGUUAUCGAGCGAUCGAAGACCGCCACGUCCCUGCACAUACGAGCGCAAGCGCAUCAACACACAAGCAGACAGCGGACAUGGACCAACUCGUGGGUUUAAUGACCGAACUGGUAACUCGACAGAAAGCACUCGAAGACCAAGUGGCCACUUCCCAGCAGUUAUAUGCCGCAGCAAUCAAGCAAAACGAACGUCCACGACCAAAAGUUACGUGUUUUCGAUGUGGAAAACAAGGCCACAUUGCUCGACAGUGUCGCAGUUCAAGCCAACGCCAAGACCGUUCCAACGUGCAAUGCUACGAAUGCGGGAGAUACGGACACUUCGCCCGUGAAUGUGGGAACUAUGCGCCUUUAAACUUCCAAGGGCCGUCUCGAGGAACCACAGGCCGGUAGACAGCCCCGAAACAAGUAAGAACUGUGACUUUAUUAAUAAUUCUACUAAUGAUUUUAAUGAUAGUUUGCCAGAACAUCCAUUUGUUGCCUGUCUCAUUGACGGCGUACCUGUCAAUGCUUUGUUAGAUACUGGAUCAAUGAAGUCCUUUAUUAGCGAUAAAGUUCAUAAUAUCUUUGAUUUUGACUGUGGUCGAUUAGAUAAGUCGCAGUCACAGCGUUGUACCUCAAUUACUGGAGGGGACUUAAAUAUUGCAGGAAUCGUAUCUACGAGCGUGACCUUUUCACGCUCUAAACAUAACUAUCAUAGUUCUUUUCUUGUUAGUAGUAAUAUACCGUAUGAUUGUGUUUUGGGAUGGGACUUUAUUACGCAGCAUAAAUUAAGUGUUCAAGGGGAUUUCUUGGGAGGGCGAAGUCGUUAUCAGUUAGUGGGGACCUAUGGGAAAAUCCCAAUACAUGCGGAGCAUCCAGCAAUGAAGGUGCAAUCGAACGGAGUUGUGAUUACAGAGGCCAAAUCACGCGUUGUUUCCCCCAACGAAGGGAGCAAAACCAAUGCGGUACUUGUGCAAUCUCAGUUGAAAGGUGUCAAUAAAGUAAUUCUGUCGGAAGGAGUGGCAAUUCCGGCUCGAUCGGAAAUGGUAAUUGAAGGUAAGAUACAGGCGAAAGAUAUUUCACAGGUUGGCAUGAUAUCAGCUAGUCAGGCAGAUAGUGUUAGACACUUACAAGGAUUACAUGUAGCUCAUUUAGUUGUCACCCCUGUAGGUAAAACCGUACCAGUCCGAAUAGCUAAUACUACAACAAACGAAAUUGAAUUACCGAAAGGCUGCAAAUUGGCGGAAUUUUGUCCCAUACUUGGGCAAGAAGCCGUAUCCAACAAUAAAUUUCCGGUUAAUUGUAAUGCCGUGCAAGCAGAUAAUCUUGGGCAGAAAAUCGAUUCCCGUUUAGAUGCGGGUUUAAGUAACUCCGAAAAACAACAAGUAAAACAAGUAUUAGGCGAGUUUAAAGAACUGUUUAGCGACACAAUUGGCCAAACCAACAUUGCACAUCAUAAAAUUGACACCGGUGAUAACCCGCCGAUUAGGCAACGUGCCAGGCGAGUGCCAUAUGCAUUUCGCGAAGAAUCUAACAAGCAAAUUGAAGACAUGUUAGAUAACGGAAUAAUCAGUCCUAGUACCAGCCCAUGGGCUAGCCCAAUUGUCAUGGUUCGCAAAAAGUCAGGCGAACUACGUUUUUGUAUUGAUUACCGUAGACUUAACCAGAUUACACGCAAUGACGCACAUCCUCUGCCAAGGGUUGACGAUUUACUUGACUCGGUUGGGAAUGCAAAGUAUUUUACCACACUAGACCUCAAAAGCGGCUACUGGCAAAUUCCCGUUCACCCUGAUGACCGUGAAAAAACUGCCUUUGUCACGCAUGGCGGCUUAUAUGAAUUUAAUCGUAUGCCUUUUGGCUUAGCAACCGCGCCUGCAACAUUCCAACGAGCAAUGGAACUAGCUUUAGCUGGCCUUACAUAUAGUAUUUGUCUUUGCUACUUAGAUGACAUAAUUAUCUUUAGUAACAGUAUUACUGAACAUUGUAACCGAUUAAAAGCGGUCUUAACUCACUUCCGGCAGCAUAAUUUGCGCUUAAAUUUAGCAAAAUGUACUUUCGCAGCUAAAGAGGUUCACUAUUUAGGACAUAUGAUAUCCGAAGACGGAGUUAGCCCGCUCCCGUCAAAAAUUGAAGCAAUAAAACAGAUUCCUGUACCAAAGACAGUGAAGGAAGUCCGAAGUUUUUUAGGGUUGUCAGGAUACUACCGCCGUUUUAUUAAGGAUUAUGCAAUGAUUUCGGCGCCUCUCACUAAAUUGACCACGAAAACCAGCAAUAAGCAGUUUAACUGGACCGCAGAUUGUGAACACGCUUUUACAAUUCUAAAAACAUGCCUGUGCAAUUCACCGGUUUUGGUCCAUCCUAAAUUUGACAGAGAAUUCCUCCUACAAACCGAUGCCUCGGAUAUAGGAUUAGGAGCAAUCUUAUCUCAGCUUGAUGACAAUGGCGUAGAGCGGCCCAUUGCGUAUGCCUCAAAAAUUUUGUCUGGUCGAGAGCGUAAGUAUUGCACUGCCGAAAAAGAAGCGUUUGCGGUCAUAUUUGGUAUUCGUACCUUUCGAACGUAUUUACUAGGCCGGCCUUUUAAGGUAAUAACGGACCAUAGCGCACUCAAAUGGCUUGACAGUAUGCAUCUCAAAGGACGAUUAGAGCGGUGGGUAAUGGAGUUACAAGAAUUUCAAUUUUCAGUCGUUCAUAAGCCAGGUAAACUACACAGUAAUGCUGAUGCACUUUCUCGUCUUGUAGCACAUGACCAGUCUACUGAGAACACGUUGAAUACAUUUAACUCGCAUGACCCUGCAGCAGAUAAUAGUAACUGUGCCAUAACGCUUAAUCCGACUAUAAACUUAAGGAAAGCUCAGCAAGACGACCCGAGUAUUUCGAAGGUUAUCCAAAUGAAAACAAACCAUACACCAAAACACAAACUAGCAGCAUGGAGACAUGAUCGCAAUUUAGUAACAUUUUGGCAUCAUUACGAUAAACUGUUUGUUAGAGAUGGGUUGCUUUAUAGGUCCUUAAAGACAAAGAAUACACAUCCAGAUCCAGCCAUAGUGGUGCCCAAAGCUCUAGAAACCGAAAUACUGAAAGGUACUCACGACAGUCCAUUCACCGGGCACUUGGGGGUCACACGAACAUUAGAUCGCAUUAGGAAACGUUUCUUUUGGCCAAACAUGCGGAAAUCAGUUGAAAAUCACAUUCGCCAAUGUGACACAUGCGUCAAAAGGAAAACACCAGCACUGACGGCCAGCAAUGGCACAGCCCCAUUGCAAAGUUUACAAGUUAGCGAACCAUUUACAUUUUGGGCUUUAGAUUACAUGGGUCCCUUACCAGAAACAAAUCGUGGUAACAAGCACAUAUUGGUUUUAAUGGAUCACUUCACCAAAUGGUGUGAAGCUUUUCCUACGCCGGAUCAAAAGGCAUCUACUGUCGCAAAAAUACUUGUUGAUAGAGUUUUUAGUCGUUUUGGUCUCCCAGUUGUCUUGCACUCUGAUCAAGGUGCAAAUUUCGAAAGCACGUUAAUGCAUGAAGUAUGCGAUGUAAUGGGAAUUACAAAGACCAGAACAACCGCGUAUCACCCUCAAUGUGAUGGGCAAGUUGAGCGACAAAACAGAACAUUACAAGAUAUGUUAGCGGCAUUUUGUACAAAACAGGGCAAUGAUUGGGACUUAUGCCUAAACGCAGUAGUUUUCGCGUACAACACUAGUCGACAAGAAUCACUACAAACCUCUCCAUUUGAAAUAGUUUUUGGACGUAUUCCAAGAUUACCGUUAGAAUUAGAAUUAGGACUCCCACUGAAAGAUCCCAGUACGCAAUCAGAGUACACUCAGUCGCUUAGGAAGAUAUUUAAGGAGGUGAGGGAGGUAGCAAGGCAGAAUUUAGAGAAAGCAAGAACAAAACAGAGAAAAUGUAACGAAGAAAGAAUUCGGACAUGGAGCCCUUUCGCCCCAGGGGAAACAGUAUACCUGCGCAGACCGAAAGGAUGGAAAUUGGGGGCGAAGUGGAUUGGGCCAUUUGAAAUUGUUUGUAGGAUGGGUGUUGAUUACAAAAUAAGGUCGAGCAAAGGUAAGAUUACGGUGGUUCAUCAUGAUCGGCUAAAGCGUGGUUAUGCACCCGUGAAUGGCGGCAAUGUUGUUUGUCCUGCUCCAGAACUUGGGGGUGACCGGGUGGUUUACACUGCUCCCACAGACGACAUUCAACCUAAUUGCGACAAUGCUCCACAUAUCCCACAGGUUAGGCCUAGGAAUCUCAGGCAAAAUGUUCAUCCGCCUGAUCGGUACGGCUGUGCUGCGUAG